ACGUGACGCGGGGCCGAGCCUCGGGUUGUGCGGGUGCACGCUCAGGUUACGUACCUAGGUGCGACCUCGGCGCUGGGCGUCUGUACCAUGGCGGUCUCUCUCCUGCUGCGGGGAGGACGAAUCCGGGCGCUGAAGGCUGCCCUUCUCGAGGCAAAGGUGUUCCGAGGAGAACUGGCUUCUACAGUGCCCCUGUCUACAGAGUCCGAGAAUAAUAAAAAGGCGGCAGGACCAACUAGCAAGACGGAAAGUGUGUUCAAAGAUGUGGUGGGAGCAGAGGAGAGGGCCAAGCUCCUAGACACUCACACAGCAGCGGCACUGUCCAAAAGCUCCCCUCCACCCAGUUCUUACCCAUCAGUGGAGAACACAGGUGGGGCUGUCGCAGGCCUGCCGCUCACAGACUUGUCAAGAAAGACUUUGGUAGCGUUUCCUCAGAAAGUUACGCCUCCACCGCAUGCCUGGGCUUCUGACUCGGAGGCUCGGCGGCAUGUCCAGAAAGUGACGAAAGAUUCAUCUUCAUCUUCCUCAUCCAGCUCCUCAGAUUCAGACUCUGAUGGGGAGGAACAUGGCUCCGACAUUGGUCCCCGAGUGGCAAGCAAAAGCAAGGCAGGGUUUUCCAAACCUGAGGCUUCUCGUCCCUCGAAGAACGGAGCCCCUAAGAUCACAGUUUUUGCAAAAGAGAAGGCCAAGGUGCAGAAGCCACACACAGAUGUCACCUACCCAGAGAAGCCCCUGCAGCCUAAGAAGAAAGGGACUUUCACCAAGCCUGUAGAAGAUAGUAAAGAAACCAGGUCCAAGCUCAUGACAUCCAAGCCACAGUCCAGUGAGGUUUUGGAGCAAAAAAUGAAGGAAAAACAGCACCAGGGAAAACGGAGACCAGACAAGACAGGAAAGGAAAGCACAGAGCUGUUUGAAGCUGAAGGAAUUUUACCCGGCCACAGGAAAGCCAGAGUUUCCACACAGCCCACAACCGGAACACAAGAGGCCAGCGCAGAACUCCGGCCAGCCGCUGCCCCCGAGUCGGGAGCUAGACAGGAAGCCAAAGGGCCAGAGCUCGAAUGGAAGACCGCUUCUCCCCUGGUCAGAAAAGAAAGCCUGGAGAAGCAGGUGCCAGAAGGGAGCUUCCAGGCGGAGGAGGAGACCUCAGGAGAUCAGACACUAGGGAGAUAUUCGAAGACAGUUCCUGUUGAGGAGAAAAAUACCUUUGGAGAGAGAGCUGGACCACAACUGGAGGGGACGUUCCAGGCGCCAGCCGGCGAAGCCCCGCCCACUGAUGCAGGCCCACCCCAGGAAGCCCCAGGCGACACACAGGAGCCCACACUGGUUCCCGAGUCGAGUGACACCACCACCUACAAGAACCUGCAGCAUCAUGAGUACAACGCAUUCACCUUCCUAGACCUGAACCUGGACCUCUCCAAGUUCAGGCUGCCACAGCCGUCUUCGGGACGAGAGUCGCCCCGGCACUGAACUCAACUCAGGGUAGACCCCCGUGUGGUCCCUUGAAUUCUUGCCUGUGAGAAUAAAAGUCAGAGGCACAAA